ACAAAGUAACAAUGCCUGGAUAAUCCAGUUCUCUUUCCAUCGCCCUUGGUCUGAGAUCGCCUAGAUGGUGUAGGGUUUAGUCGCAGAGCAUAUGUUAGCUUAUGAUAGGGCCGCAUACUGUUCCUUGGAGGCUUGUUACGCUGGCUUCCCAGAGCUGAUUGCUCUGCCAGUGUGCAGCACUAACUUCGACCGCGGAGUCUGUCCGGCAACGGUAGAGGUUCCCGAUUGCGACUACGAUGUUUGCCAAUGGCUUCGAAGUCGAUGCCAGAGAGAAGGUUGGUCGAUGCAGGACUGGAAACGUCUGGUGGAAAUUCGCAAAGUAGGCCGUGACACAGAGUGCAGUGGCCUCUUCGGAAAGACUAGAGACCCGUGCUCUCAGAAAGGGACGUCGAGGCCUCGUGACGAGGAUUCUACUUACAAGGACGAUUGGGGCAUUGGAUUUGAGGUCUGCGGAGCUGAUAGCAGUGGCUCAGUCACCGGUGGUAACGCUUGUAUAGAGCUAGGCUUUCUGGUUUCCGUAGUCAGGCUCUCGGAUGCCGCACGAAUGUGUGUGCACCUCGCCUUUCUUAAUGUCCGGCGCCCGUCACAUCGUUCUCGAUGCCGCUUGCAGAUGUCCCUAGAACGAGAAGGUCAUUGUCAGAGUGCACUCUCUCGAGAAGUGCUCUAGUGCCAGCAUUCGUACCUCCUGCUGAAGACUGCGUGACAUAGCGGGCAUUCAAAGUUCUUAGAUCCGGAGGUGCUAUGACCUGUGCUAGUCAGGACUCUCUUUGGGAUGCCAUGAGCAUACUGCCAAAAAAAAGGGAGACGAACGUGUUCUCUUGUGGCGCUCCAGAUUUUCCUGUGAACAUUUGCGAGCAAAAGGGACAGCCAAAGGGUUGUGAGCUACUCAUGUUGUGUCCAAUAAGUUCGAUGCUGAAAUCGUCGUCUCAUUCACCAGCACUCGUACCAUAUGCUGCCAGGAGGUCCAGCACCGUAACCCGAGGGCUAUCUGUCCCUUCUUAGUCCCCGAGGAUAUCCAGGAGCGGGGUUUCGAACACUAUCUCUGCCUGCAGCCAACUAUUACCUCCGUUACUCGUGCGCCCCGACCCCACCAAGAGCC